UAUAGUUCUUAUUCUUCAUGCACAUCCGCGUGUUCCAGCAUAUACAGUAGUUUAGUAUCAACUGGUACUAUUAUCGGUAUCGUUAUCGGCUGUUUAGCCGGUGCGGCUGUGUUGAUUGGUAUUAUUAUAACCAUCGUAUGUAUAUGUAAAAAGAAGAAUCGUGUUCAGAUACCGCAACAACAACAACAACAACAGCAGCAGCAACAAGGUAUGUCUUUCGCAUAUCCUGGUCAAUACCCGCAACAACCAGGACAGUAUUACAUGGGAAGCAGUCCUUACACUCAACCUGGCAAUCAACCACCCCCACAGUACUCAGCACAGCCGACAAAACUUCCUUGA